CCAUUCACUUUGAUAUUUUGCAGUAAUACUUUGUGAGGAUCAUGGCAGCUGGAGGAGGCAGGGUUGCAAAAGCAAACAUGUUAAUGCUAAGGCAAGCCGUGCAAGUUGAACGUGGCUUCAGCAAGCACGCAGGAGUUGAUCAUAUGCAAAAACAGCCAGGAAAUCCAAGCUAUAGUGGGGAGAAGAUGAGUGAGUCGUCGUGCUGGAUUCCGCAUCCGCAUAGCGGUGUAUACUUUCCGAGAGGUCAUAAGUGGGUGAUAGACGACCUUCCGGCGGAUGUAGCUUCUCUAAACCCGACUUCCUGGCUGAGAAACAUUGACGGUGUGGACAGAGCAGAUCCAGAUUCUCCACCAUAUCAUUCCUUUCACACUAGUGUGUAAUCAUUUAUUGUAACAUUUCCUGGGGAUUUAUAAAUCUAAAAAUGUUGAGUGCACUUGUCGCUUAU